AUGCGUGGCGAGCUUGGCAAGUGUCCUCGGGUUCUCUAUCCUGGCGGCCGGGCGGCCGCGCAGAGGCUGGGGCGCGCGGGGCCGCGGGCUCCUGUUCCAGGCGGGUUCGUGGGGGCUCGGCGGGGCGGCGGCCGGAGGACGCGCGGGGGGCGCGGCUGGGAUAGACGAGCGCGCGCGCACACACUCGCGCCGGCCGCCCGCCAGCAGGCGGGAGAGGGUUUCCCCGAGACGCCGACUCGGGGCGGGGACCGCCACGUUCCCACGGGCGACCUGGGUGACAGAAGCAAGCGGAGCGAGGAGGGCGCUGGGCCCACCGUCCGCCACGCCCGGGUGAGGUGGCGGCCCUGCCCACGCCCCGCGGGGGACGCUGCCCCAGCCUCGCACCCGCGCCCCUGGCCGUGGUCGCGGCGGCCCGGAGCGCGCUGCCCCCAGACGCACCGGGCUCUCGGCGGAGACGACGGCGGCGGACCAUCCUCGCCUCUUCGCUUCUUCCCUCCAGCCGUCCGCGCGGGCGACUACGAAAUGGUAGCCGAGCUGUUGCUGGCCGGGCUGGCGCAGCCCGACCGCGGCCUGUGCCUGCGGCUGGGGGACGCGCUGGCUCGCGCGGGCCGCCUCCCCGAGGCCCUGGGCGCUUUCCGCUGCGCUGCGCGGCUCGGGGCGCUGCGGCCUGAGGAUCUGGGGGAGCUGGCGGGCGGCCUGGCGCGCCCCCUGGGCCAGCGCGAGGGGGCGGCUGCAGCUGCGAAGCCGGGCGAGGGCCAGUCGGCCUCGGCGGCCGCGGCACCGCGACACCUGCUCGGCUGCCCGCGCUGCCAGCGGCUACUCCACAAGUCGGUGACCCUGUCGUGCGGGCUCACGGUGCGCAGGCGCUGCGUGGACUUGGGGCCCGCGCGGCCGCUGGCGCGGCGAGUCAACGUGGUGCUGAGCGGCCUGCUGGAGAAGUGCGAGGGCCGGGUGCGCAGGCUGGCGGGCCAGGCGCGGAGUCUGCAGCGUCAGCAGCAGCCCGAGGUCGCAGUGCUCAGGUGCGGCCAAGCCCUGGACCUGGGUAAGUCGGCCGUGGGAGCUGCCGUCGUCCCGCACGCCUGUCGAGCGGCAGGGGUGGGAGUAGAGGCUUUGUUCAGGCUUGGGGGUUGUUUUACUUUACGAAGGCGGAAAGGUGAAGAUGCAGACAGAGUGGCUGGUGUCAAGGGACAUCAUGUGAAAGCGCAAGCUCUUUCUGGAUUGGGAAGAAGUACGGAAGUGUUGAAGGAAUUUCUCUAUUGCCUUGCUUUAAAUCCUGAAUGUAACUCAAUGAAGAAAGAGCACAGAAGUUUUAUAGAAUCCACUGAGAAAUGUGAUGUGUUUAGAAAUCCCAGUUCUUCAGUUUUAUAUUUUAUACUGGGUUUACACUUGGAGGAGGACAAAGAAGUGUUAGAAAGUAUCCUUCCGUUGGCACCCAGCACCUGUGCGAAGAGACAGCUUCCAAGUGAUUUGGAAGAUGCUCCUGACUUGAACGCCCCUGGAAAAAUUCCCAAGAAAGAGGCAGUUUCCUCACCUCAAAGGAACAUGAACCCUAAUGCAGAAAGUGCAGAGUUCUCAAUAGAUGUACCUGACUUUGAGUGUGCCCUUUGCAUGAGGUUGCUCUUAGAGCCUGUCACGGCACCGUGUGGACAUAUUUGCCUAAAAUGCCUUGAGCGCUGCCUCGACCAUGCCCCACAUUGUCCACUGUGCACAGAAAAACUUUCCGAGGUAAGUAUUUCUUGUGAAAUGACGAGGCAGUUCUGCUUUUCAUUCCUCAGAAAGUGCUCAUUUCAUCGGUUGGCUUUGCUUCUACCACCCAUUUGCCCUACUCCAUGGUGUUUGCUGUCUCUGCUGGCUAACAGCGACGUAGCCUGGCCUGCUGCCUUGUUUCACCCAUGCUUGUCUGGGCCAGUGAGCCUAGAUGGCCCCCCUGAUCUCAGAGACCUGACCAGAGACGUCCCCAUCUUUGUGUGUGCCAUGGCCUUCCCCACCGUCCCUUCACUCCACGUCUUUGAGCCCCACUAUUGGCUUAUGAUAAGAAGAUGCAUGGAAACUGGCACCAAGCGGUUUGGCAUGUGUUUAUCUGCUGAGCAUGCAGGGAUUUCAGAGUACGGCUGCAUGCUGGAGAUUAAGGACGUCAGAACGUUUCCUGAUGGAAGCUCAGUUGUGGACACAAUUGGAAUUAGUCGGUUCCGAGUUUUAAGCCACCGUCACAGGGAUGGCUAUAACACAGCGGACAGUGAAUAUCUUGAAGAUGAAAAGGUGGAAGGUCCAGAGUAUGAAGAACUGACCACUCUUCAUGACUCAGUUUAUCAACAGUCUGUCUCCUGGUUCACAUCACUUCAGGAUCACAUGAAAGAACAGAUUUUAAGCCAUUUUGGGUUAAUGCCAGACAGGGAACCUGAGCCUCCAAGUAAUGCUAGUGGUCCCGCUUGGUCCUGGCGGGUCCUGGCAGUGUUGCCACUGGAACGCAAGGCUCAGCUGGCCAUCCUCGGCAUGACCUCACUUAGAGAGCAUCUCCUUGCCAUUCGGCGAAUAUUAGUCAUCAUCACACAUAAGAUGAAUAGUCGGCAAGAGCUGGGUGAUAGCAGGGCAAGAAAUAAUUGAUUUUCUUUCUCUGCCAAGGUUUCUGGAGGCCCUUGUACUUUUAUGAGGAGUGCCAGACUGGACAAUUAACAUCCCAUUCAUCAUGCUUUGCAAAAUGCUUGUUGAUAGGGUCGCAAAAUGGAGCACUGAGCAAACACUGCUUCCUACUCCGAAGUUUAAAAGUCUGUGCCUGGUGGGAUCUACCUUUAUACAAAGUUGGCCUGAAGUUUACAUGGAGCCUAUGGUCAGAAAACAACCUGAGAAAAAUCUCCUUGAAGCAGACGCUUCUUGUGUGCAGUUUACUGACACCACAUAUGGUUGACACAUGGUUUAGGUUUUGUAAGAAGGAAGAAAUCCCUUCCCAGUAAAGUAUCUUGCUACACCAGAUGGGAACAGCAUGCUUCAGCAGCUAGACAGGAAGGGGGCAAUCAUGUUAUCAGGAAGCAGAUUUCUCAGAGCACAGGCUACCUGAAACUGGGCUUAGGGUUUGUGUGUCACUGUGAACUUGUUUGUGAAACUGAGGAAUCAAACCAUUGUCCGGUUCAGGAGCCAAAAUCAGUUCUUACCCAAGAAGUAGUAGCUACUGGAUAGAACUGUGUGUUAUAUCCUGUGGUAAUUCGGGUAUGUAAGUUGCAUGUUAUAAUGAAUAUAAAAAUACA